AUUGUGCUUCAAAUUUAUUUGUACAAUAAUGAACAAUUCGUCAAAGUUUAUUGAAGAAACGAUGAAUACCAUUCAAAUUAAUAACUUGCUUCUUGUAAUUGCUUUUGCAUUUAUAUUCUUAACAGGAGGCAUUGGAAACUUGUUAGUUAUAUAUGUGUUUGGUUUUAAAAAAAAGCUUAGGCAUCGAAUAACGGCUGAUUGGUUAAUUUUAUAUUUAGGGGUUGUUGAUUUUUUAUCUUCGAUUUUUAAUCCACCACUGUAUAUAUAUUUUACAAUUACUCGGCACCAGCAGUGGCACUUUGGUAAACUAGGAUGCAAAGUUUUACCAGCUUUGGGUCCCAUUAUGUCUUCCAUUUCGUUUGGUGUAUUACUAAUUUUUGCAAUUGAUCGAUACCUGGCAAUUGUUUCACCAGUAAAAGGGUCUGUUUUAUCUUGGAAAUCAGUAACAUCAGCUUUUGUAACAGAUAUUGUUUUGUCUUAUUUUGGGUAUCUGCAUUAUAUUUUAGGACUAAAGGUUAAUUCAGGCAUAAAUAAUAAUGAUAUUUGUGAAGCACCUGAGGAAAUCUUUUCAUACAGUGUAGCCAAUAGUAUUCUUAUUAGUUUUCGAAUUGUGUUUUUUGUUACCGUGUUCACAUUUACCACAGUAAAAAUACAUUUACAGCUAAAAAAAUGUCAACACACAUCGUUUAGUCGAGAGUUACAACGAAAACAUCGCAAGGGUUCAAAAGCUAUUUUGUUUGUGCUAAUAGUGAUGGGCGCGGUAUUCAGUUUACUUGUUUUUCCUAAAGAAAUUCUUCAUUUAGCAUACAGCUUGUCGUGGCUAAAAGAUAACAAUGGAAUUUCUCACACACCUAUGUUACUAAGAAUAAGUUCCUGGUUAAAAGCGCUUCACACAGCAAAUAGCUGCGCCAAUGUUUUUAUUUAUUCGAAGAUGCACAAAGUUUACCGCAAACAAAUCUUUCAACUUUUCUACCAUAUUUUCUGUAAAAAAGAAUAUUUAAGACAAAGGUAUUUUAUAAAGUUAAACGUUAUUCAAAAGCCCGACAGAACUUUCAAAUUUUGCAAAAAAGUAAAAGAAAGCGCAUUUUCUAAAUAAUUACUACUUAAAAGUAUAUGCUUUAUAUAACUAAUGUAUUAUAA